UCUGAAUCCCCUACAUCCCAAUUCACAUGCAUCUGAAUAUGGGACCUGAUCAUGCUAGCAAGUUUGGUGGCAAGAGGACAAGACCAAACACUUCCCCCAGGAAACACCUGAGGACUUUUCCAGCCCCUAAGGGACUUUAUCCCCUUCCAAAUCCCAUCUGACAGGGUGGUAAGCAUGGCAUUCUUUUUACGGCUUCAGUUCUCUGGUUUGUGCUGGUUCUUUUUUCUUUCAGCAGAUAGUCAGGAGAUAGCCACUCUCACUGUAAAAUACCAAGUUUCAGAAGAAGUGCCAUAUGGAACAGUGAUAGGAAAACUAUCAAAAGAACUGGGCUGGGAGGAGAGAAGCAGGCAAGAAGGGGCUUUCCAGAUUUUGCAGCCACUUCAGGUGCUUCCCAUUCAGGUUGGUUCUAAAGACGGUUUACUCAGCACCGGGAGGAGGCUUGACCGAGAGCAGCUUUGCAAACAGAAAGAUCCUUGUCUGAUAUCUUUUGAUGUGCUGGUCACAGCGGGUUUAGCUUUGAUCCAUGUGGAGAUCCAGGUGCUGGACAUCAAUGAUCACCACCCCCGCUUCCCCAAAGCAGAGCAGGAGCUGGAGAUCUCUGAAAGUGCUUCUCUUCGGACCAGAAUUCCCUUGGACCGGGCCUGGGAUCCUGACACCGGCCCCAAUACGUUGUACUCGUAUUCACUUUCUCCCAGUGAGCACUUUGCUCUGGAGGUGAUCCUGGGGCCUGAUGAAAGCAAACAUGCAGAGCUUGUGGUGAUUAAGGAGCUGGACCGGGAGCUGCAUGCAUCCUUUGACUUGGUAUUAACAGCCUUUGACAAUGGGGAUCCCCCCAAGUCGGGCACCAGCUUAGUUAAGGUCAGCGUUUUGGAUUCCAAUGACAACAGUCCUAUGUUUGCAGAGAGCUCCUUGGCUUUAGAAGUUGGGGAAGAUGCUGCCCCUGGGACCCUUCUCAUAAACCUCACGGCUACUGACCCUGAUGAAGGACCAAAUGGGGAGGUUGAGUUUUCCCUCAGCAAGCAUGUGCCACCAGAUGUGCAAGAUACCUUUAGUAUUGAUGCCAAGACAGGUCAGAUUAUUCUGAGUCAGCCCCUGGACUAUGAAAAAACCCCUGCUUAUGAGAUAGAUGUACAGGCCAGGGACUUGGGUCCCAACCCUAUUCCAGCUCACUGCAAAGUCCUCAUCAAGAUUCUAGAUGUCAACGACAAUUCCCCAAGCAUACAUAUUACAUGGGCCUCUCAACCAUCUGUGAUAUCCGAAGCUCUUCCCAGGGACAGCUUCAUCGCCCUGGUGAUAGCCAGCGACCUGGAUUCUGGGGAUAAUGGCCUGGUUCACUGCUCCCUCAGCCAAGGACAGGGACAUUUUCAACUAAAAAGAACCAAUGGUAACACUUAUAUGCUCCUGACCAAUGCCAUUCUGGAUAGGGAAAGGUGGCCUGAAUACAACUUGACACUGUUGGCCCAAGACCAGGGAGAGCAGCCCUUAUCAGCCAAGAAAGAGAUCACUAUUCAGAUCAGUGACAUAAAUGACAACGCACCCAUGUUUGAGCUGAGCAAGUACAACAUAUCCAUUAGGGAGAAUAAUCUGCCUUCUUCCCAUCUCAUCACUGUUCAGGCACAUGAUGCUGACUUGGACCUCAAUGGAAAAGUCACCUACCGCAUCCAGGAAUCUCCUUUUUCCCAUCUGGUAGCUAUUGACUCUGACACUGGGGAGAUCUCAGCAUCUACCACACUGGACUAUGAACAAAUGACAAGUUUUCAAUUUCUGGUAAUAGCAGAAGAUAAAGGUCAACCUCAGCUUGUUUCUAGUGCCUCUGUGAGGGUCAGCCUCCUUGAUACCAAUGACAAUCCUCCCACAGUGGUACAGCCUGUCCUUAGUGGUGGGGCAGCCUCUGUUUCUGUGUUUGUGAACUCUUCCACUGGUCACCUUAUGGUCUCUUCAGAGACCCCUGACCCCUUUAGAGUAUCCAACUCUGGCACGUCUUCUUCGGCGGCUUCUAGGUCACAGCUGUUUCUCUUAGUCACCAUUGUAGCCAUUGAUGCAGAUUCUGGAGACAAUGGAAAUCUUCUCUAUGCUAUUUGGAGUGGAAAUGAUGCUCGCCUCUUCUUCCUUGACCCGCACAUGGGACACCUAUACAUCAAUGCCAGCAAUGCCAGCAGCCUCAUUGGCAGUGAAUGGGAACUGAUGGUUGUUGUCACUGAUCAAGGAAGUCCCCCCUUGGAGACCAGAGCUCUGGUGAAAGUCACUUUCACCAACAGCCUUGAUCACCUGAAAAACCUGGCACAAGAAUCUAGCCCCUUGAGCAUCUCAGCAGUGACAGUGAUUUGCUUGGCCGUGUUGCUGGCCAUCUUCUUGUUGAUUCUUGUUCUGAUUGUGUCCAUCUGUAGAACUGACCAUAAAGAUAACAGAGCUUAUAACUGCAGAGAAGCAGAGUCAACCUACCGACACCAGCCCAAGAGACCCCAGAAACAAAUCCAGAAAACUGACAUUCACCUAGUGCCAGUGCUCAGGGGCCAGGCAGAAGAGCUGAGUGAGGCUGGGCUACCCCAUAAAGAUGAAGGAAAGGAAAAUGUCCCAGAAACAGGCUGGGACUCUCCACUGCAGGCUCCAUAUCUAACCCCAACAUUGUACAGGACACUUAGGAACCAAAGGAACCAGGGAACUUCCCCUGAGGAUAGAGAGGUAUUACAAGACACCUACAAUCUCCUUUUCCACCAUCCCAGGCAGAGAAAUGCCUCUCGAGAAAAUCUGAGCCUUCCAGAUCCCCAGCCAACAACAUGCCAACCUUAUCCCAAGGCCUCAAAGAAUGUGGGGAGCCCCCAGAUGAAGCCAUCUCUAGAGCAGGGGGGCAGUCCAUCAGUGCCAGCCCUUCCAGCCUCAACUACAACUCUUAGGAGGCAGCGAAAUCUGAAUGCCAAAGCUGACCCAGACAAAGAGCAUCACCCCCACCAGAUCCUGCGCAGCCUGGUCCGACUGUCUGUGGCUGCCUUCACAGAACGAAACCCCAUGGAAGAGCUCACCAUCGACUCCCCUCCAGUUCAGCAAAUAUCCCAGCUGCUGUCCUUGCUGCACCAGGGCCAAUUUCAACCCAAACCAAACCACAGAGGAAACAAAUACUCAGCCAAGACCGGUAGUGUCAGAAAUGCAGGAUUGGAGACAGAUUGGCAAAGUGCCAGGGAGGGUGACCAUGGAGAACAUGAAGUGGAGGAUGGGAAUUCAGACAAUGACCUGGACCUCUCAAUGAAACAACUCUUGGAGGAAGAAUUAGAGAACUUGUUUGAUCCACAAACAGGCCUGGCCCUCGAUCGGCUGAAUGUCCCAGAUCCAGCUUGGAUGGCGAGGCUGUCCCUGCCUCUUAACACCAACUACAGAGACAAUGUCUUCUCCCCAGACUCCCCAGCCACUAGCCAGGGCAGAGAAAUCACUGCCAUGGAAGAGCCAAGAACCUUCCAGACGUUUGGUAAAUCGGCUGGUUCUGAGGUGAACUCCAUGGGGACCCAGCUGGCCAGCACCUUCCUCUCAGAAAUGAGUUCCCUGUUUGAGAUGCUGCUGUCCCAAAACAGCAAUGCCCCCAUGGCUGCUUCUGAAGUGCUGCAGCGCCUAUCAGCCUGUGGCAAGACUCUGGGAUUAGACCUUGCUGGAAGUGGGGCCCUGGGCUCUGAAGCCAUAGGUACAAGUGGAAAGAAAGGAACCAAGAGCAGGACUAGCAGCAGUAAUAGCAGCAGGGGCCUGUGAGCUUAGAUAGGGGCCCUCUGGCUGGAGGAACCUAAGCCACCCAUCCCAGAGUCUGGGGGAGUAUUGGCGUAUUGUGUGUUCAGUCCAUACCUUAAGACUUGUUGGGUUUGGUGCUCGGUGAUGAGUCUGAAUCCUGGGUCCCGUUGGUAGGUCCUGAAAUCUCUAACCUCACCAUGAAGGAACCUAACCUGAGGUAGACAGAAAAAUCCUGGCUGACUCUACAUCCAAAAGCUGCUCCAAGGAAGGCACCUGGCCCAUCUCCAGGAUUCCCAGUGUAGCAAGUGGACCAAAGUAGACUUCUUUAAAGGGCUCAACCUAUUGAACAACUUGUCUGAAGAAUGGGUGCUAGAUUGAAGCAGAGAUUGGGUGUUUGCUGGUAAAAAACAUAUAGAAGGCAAAGAAAGAGUCCCUAGAAGUAGAAAUGCUUAAGAGAUAUUACCAGCAAGUAUGUGUAAAUGGACAUUCUCAUGAAAAAGAGUAUGUGAGUUACCCCUCAUCUGAUACAAACUGAGCCACCCAUGUACAGGGCCCUGAAUUCUGGGGGGGAGGGGGGUUCUUCAGUGUUAAUUGGCCCAUUGAUAAGGUAGCAUAAAUUUCUGGUUGUCACCUCCCUUCAAACAUAAAAAGUGGGGGAAGAAAAAGUGUUCACUUUGCCCAUCCCCUCCAAAAAUCUUUUGACCAGCUUGGUCCAAGUUGGUUUGGGAAGUAAAGGAGAAGACUCUUAUGACUUCCCCUCAAAGUGGUAUGUACUGUUAUGUACACAUACAUAUAUUGUCUAUGCAUCCACCAGAGCCUAACAUUCCAAUCAGCUGCCACUAAAUAUCCCUUCUCUAGAGAUGCCUUCUGCCUUCAGCCUGUUGGUCCUCCUUGAUGUGGCAAUUUAAAGGGGCAAUACUGAUGUCUAUAUAUAACAGGACACCUGAGAUUAAACUCUUCUCACUUCAGGAGAUGAGAAAUAGUCAAUAAUUUGGGCUAUUGCCAGCAGUGAACUUGCCUAAGCUUCACUCUGGAGACCUCUUAAAAAUAAAAUACUUCCGAAGCAA